AUGGCAUUUCGACGCCAGUUUGGCUGGCUCGCGAGACCAUCGCCAUUUGCUACUCCUCGACAGCCCCGGCUGACCUUGAGCAAGACCGGACGAUUGGUGACAUACGAUAUUACUUCCGAGAUGCAGUGCCCCUUGUUCGACCGGUUGCGGUGGUGUUCUGAGUUGGACUUUAUGUGGGGAUCUCAAUCUACAUGGGGGCUUCAUGAUCAGCGCUGGAUCGACCACGGAGACCUGUACCCCCGAGAAGACGAGCCAGCACGUUAG